UGUGCUGUGUCCCUCAGACACAGCGGAUCACCGAUCAAUGGAAAGAGCCGAAGAUGUCGGCUCAGUUAUGUGAUCAGCUGUGUCCAAUCACAGCUGAUCACUGGUGAUCAGUGUGCCCUGAUGAUCUGUGUAGCCCCAGCAGUGCCACCUGUCAGUGUCCAUCAGUGCCACCUGUCAGUGUCCAUCAGUGCCACAUUUCAGUGCCUACCAGUGCACAUCAAUGCCACAUAUCAGUGCCCAUCUGAGCUGCCUUUCAGUGUCACCCAUCAGUGCCAGUCAGUGCCACCUAUCAAUGCCAGUCAGUGCCACCUAUCAGUGCUGCCAAUCAGUGCCACCUAUCAGUACCAGUCAGUGCCCCUAUCAGUGUGCAUCAGUGCCGCCUAUCAGUGCACGUCAGUGCUGGCUAUC